CGAAGCAGAGUUGGGCUCGCCGUGCUUAAUUCGAACCCCCCUCUGUCGUUAGGGUUUGCAAUUUCUAUUUAUCCUCCGAAGCUCAGCGCUUCUCCCGCUCUAGUCGUCUUGCAAAUUGAUGCCAAUCCCCAAUUUGCCAGUUUGAUCCCGGUUUCCGUCUCUACAGUCGCCGGCUCGCCGCCAAUCAACGGUGGUGGUGGAAGCGUUGGCCUUCGGAAGAGCAAAUGGCGUUCUCUUUUCAGACUCCUCCGCCCCAACUACAGUUGCCGCAGCCUUCGCCGUUCCAGACCCCACAGCAACAGUCUUCGCUCUUCCAAAAUCCUCAGAUUCAGCAGCAGCAGCAGCAGCAGCAGCAGCAGCUAUCUCAGCAAUCGCCAUUCCAGUUCCAGCCGCAGCCGCAGCCGCAGCAGCAGAUCCAAAUACAGCACCAGCAGCAGCCUGCAAGUACUGUCCCGCAGCAGCAGUUUUUGCUUUAUACAAAGGAUAGGGCGCCGGCAGGAUAUAAUACCAAUUGGGAGGAUCUGCAUCCUGACUCACAGAAACUGCUUCUGCAAAUUGAGGAGCGGAUUCUGGAGUACAAGCAUGAGAGCCAAAGGUUGGAUCAAUGCAGUCGGCUUUACGAUUCAUCUGUAUCAGGUGACAGUUUCGAGGCUAAUUCCAGUCGAAUCAUUCAGGAGCUUGGGCUUAUCACUGCUGCAAUGGAAAGGGAAAAAGUUUCUGUCCAAGAUCUAAUGGCGUCUGCAAAUAAAAUGAUGUGGGAUACUGAAUUUGCCAUUCGCUCAUAUAUGAUGUUAAGGUCAAGCUUUCUUCGUCAGAGUGUCCCAACCUCUUCAAAUGUGGCAUCUGGAAGCCCAAAUACAGGAUAUGGAACCGCUUCAAAGCAAACCAAUCAAUUGGCUUCUGGCUCGGUGGCACCAGUUUUUGAUUUUUAUCGUGGAAUACCUAAAAGGCCAUCUCUCUUCAUGGAACAAACAGCUGCCAGAUUUGAGAAGUAUCUCACUGAGUGUUACCAAUGGAUUGAAGAAGUAGAACAGCUAGUAAUGUUGGAUAAUAAGAGAAUGAGUUCAAAUUCUCUCGAUUCUUUGCCACAAGUGGUUUCCAAUGUCCAUGAUUUUUUUAUUCAUGUGGCUGCCAAGGUGGAGAAUCUUCACCAGCAUGUUGAAUCAAUGAAGACAGCAUAUCUUGCUGAUCAGCGCCGGCAAGGCAAUGUGAAUGAUCCAUUUCUUGAGGCUAACAGAAGAGAAGCAGCUCAACAGGAAGCUGCUGCCAAAAGAGUUCAUCCAACGUUGCAUUUGCCUGCAAUAUCUGCACAACCAACUAGCCAAGUUUCUAGUGCAUUUACUAGUUUGGUGGCACCCUCAACAAGCUCUGUGCAGCCAUCUGCUGGACCUUCAGCAGCAUCUUCUGGAAGUGGAUUUUCAUUAUUUAGUACUCCAUCCUCAGCUCCUACUGCAUCUUCCUCUUCUUCUUUCCUCUUUUCAACCCCCACAGCACCUUCUCCUACAUCCACCUUAUUUGGUUCCUCCGGAUUUUCGCUACAGUCGACACCAUUUGGUACUCCUUCUACAUCUCUAUUUGGUUCUACUCAAACUCCCUCAGGACUGGCAAUUAAUACUUCAUCAUUUGGAUCCACUCCGGUGGGUAGCUCACUUUUCUCGACACCGCUCGCUGCGGCAGGUGCAGGAACUGGUGGUUCGGGUGCUAGCUUCGGACCAUCUAAAUCAUCGAGGCCAAAAUCUCGCACCAGCAGGCGUUAGUCGUUCGACCAGUUCAUCUGCUUUAUAACUUGCAACCAAAUGGGGAUUCUUAUCGUGCCAAGUGACCGCGCCCGCAUCUAAUUUAGAGUCUAAAGAGCAUUUUCUAUUAAUUCGUGGUGUUCGACCAUGUAUGUAAUCUAGAAACAAUGGAGUUUUAAUAUGGAUCUAUUUAUUUCUGAGUAGAUUUAUCGAAAUCAGACAGUUACGAUGACA